CACAGAUAUGCAAGCAAAUGAAGUUUCCUCUGUUGAGCCAAAUCAUAUCAAUGACCGAGGGGAACAGAACCACACCACCCACAACGACGACAACCACAGCAACGUUUACCUCUAACGCAGGAUUUUUGUUUUUGUUUUCUCACCCAUCAAGAAUGUCUUUUCCAUGUUCCAUAUUGUUCUUAAUGACUGCAAGUUUCGCAAUGGGAGAUUCCCUUUUACCUGUGCAAACACAACGAGAUACAUCUGAAGUAAUAGGGGCAUUUCUGCAAAACCUCAAAAAAGAUAUUUCAAUGAGUGAAAUUUAUGGGAACGCCUCUGAUCUUAUUGCAGAAUUUUAUGAAAUCGACAAAUAUAGUCAGGUUUUCUUUUCAGAUAUAUUUGACGCGAGGUCACUAGCUGCUGCUACGAGCAUGGACUUAUCAAAUAAACUGAACAAUCAGGUUUUUAUUUUGGAACAGUUGUCAGCGAGAUACAGCGUUUUACUAAAAUCUAAAGGUGACGACCAAAUCAAUUCACUGGUACUUUCUUCUAUGUACGAUGUAAUACUUAAAAUAGCAAGCUUGUCAAGAGUGAUUCAAAGAAGAUUUCCAACUGACAGCCAAGUCAUGACAACGACCGACAGUAAUAUGUUUGAUCCUUUGUGACGCGAUCCUAGAGGCCUUCUUCCAGGAAUUUUUCCAGAAAUUUGUCCAAUCGUUUGCUUUCCUAAUAAUUGGAGAGGGGGAUGCUGCUGGAGAGGAAGGAAGUAGAUGAUGCUUUUAUCUGCAUAGGCCCGGAUUUACGACAGUACAAGAGAGUGUAACUACCCGGGGCAUCACCUUUGUAGGGCGCCCAAACAUUUUUGUUUUCAAAUAUGCAUAUAUAUCUAAACCAAAAAAAAAAAAAAAAGGAAAAUGAGAUUAUAUAUACAAAUAUGACAUGAUUUAGCCAUAGGCCCACGCACUACUAGUACCUAUAUAAAAUCUUGCAUUGAGUG